AUGAAGAAUUCCUUUGAGAUUGAAGGUGGAAACACUUUGAAGUUUAAGAGACAAGAACAAAGCAACCGUAGGAACAACAACAAUAACAAAAACCAAAAGGAGAAGAAAAGGAGAACAGUGAAAGAGGACAGGCUGAGCAACUUGCCGGAUGAAGUUAUCCAUAGCAUCCUCUCUUUUGUGGACGCAACAACAGCUGUUCAAACCAGUGUUCUGAGCAAGCGUUGGAAGCAUCUUUGGACUUCAGUUCCAGUCCUUAAUUUGUACGACGAUUUCUUUGACGACCCUUCUCUUUUUCAAUGUUUUGUCCAGCAGUUCUUGGCUCACAGAGACGCUUCCGCCAAAGUACAGGGGCUCAGCUUUGCGUGCCAGGCCGAACUCAAUGAUGGGAACAUGGUAGAUUCCAUUAUUGACUAUGUUACCCAGACACCCGUCUCCACAAACAUAAAGUUUAUCAGCAUGGUCGCGGAAUGUGGUAUAGAAAAGUUACCUCAACUUUCUCUUUGUCAAUCUCUCACCACGCUCAAGCUUGAAGAUAUAGCUACUGAGAUCACAACUCUUGACUUUGUUUCCCUUGAAGAGUUGUACCUUUUUGAUUGUCGGUUUGAAUGUGUGGAAGAGUUUCUUGAUCCUUUUAGGGGUUGUGCUAAUUUGAAGUGUUUGUUUAUGCAUGGCUGUCAAUAUUAUGGUGACAUUGAAGUGUUAAUAAUCUCUGCUCCGCAGCUCACUGAAUUGAGUAUAUCUAAUAUGAGGGUGGAUGAAGUGUUUGAUUCAGAUUGUGUCAUUGAGCUUUUCACGCCAAAGCUUCGAUCUUUUAGCUACAGUGACUCUGAUCUUUAUGAUUUUUCCCCUAUGGUGGACCUUUCCUUUGUGGAGAAAGUGGAUAUUGUCCUGGAGUGUUUGACUACAGACGCUGAUUUGUGUUAUCAGUUGAUUGACUUGUUUGAAGCCAUGGGGAGUGCAAAGUUUGUGUCCUUGUCCCCUGCUAUCAUUGAAGUGCUGUCUAUGUUUCCUGCUCUGCUGGAUGGCCGUUCUUCUCCUUUCACUAGAGUGCAGAGUUUUGAGUUAAACAUGGAUACACCUUCCUUCUUUGCCAUACCUACUAAUGUCAUGGCUUACUUAUUUGGCUGAUCUCCUGGAUUUGAUUGCUAUUGAUAGGGUACGUGAAAGUGCAAAACAAUCUGGUUGAAGAUGGAUUCCAGCUUACUCUCACGGCUCUAUCUUUUUGGGGAUUAAAAUAUGUUUUUCUUGAGUCUUAACAAAGAACUCCUGUCAUACAGAGCAGAGAGUAAAUAGGAGUUUACUUAUUGUUCUUAGUCUGACAUCAUAUUUGCUACUAUGGUUAUUUUGUGAUCUUUUAGGCUCUUGUAAGUCGUAUCCUUUUCAGCUCUCUUAUGUUAUAAAUAGCCUAUUAAAUAUGGAAUCUCAAUUAUC